AGUUUGGGCCCUAGAGCCUUUUUGGGCCCUAUUCCUUUUACUCCUAUUUAUUACACAGUAAUAUUAAAACUAGUACCAUAAAUGGUAUAUCUAUUCUAAUUUAUUUAAACAAGACAUUACAGACAAACUUGACUCACAAUAAAAGUUCUAACAGAGUGAAAAUCUUGUAAGAUUAGGACACAAGUACACAACUGAAAGGCGCCGUUCACAAUUAUUACACGUUGCCGCCCAAAAAUUAAAGUAUUGCUCAAUCCCAAUAACGGUAUUGAGAACUGGAGCAGAAAUGACAAAACCAGACCCUUCAAGUAUCCGUACGUUCUUCUUCACACUAAUUUUGUACGAUCACCCUUCCGAGGAAAACUAUAUAGGCUUAGCUCUCCCCUGUCGAGCGAAUUACAACUUUCAAGGAAACACAUAGAGAAGGGAGCUCUAAGAAAAUGGUAGGUAACUGUACAGAUUCAAAUGUAUCUGCAUUAGCAUAUGUCCCUGAAAAGAUACGAAUGUAUUUAUAGUGCCAUGUAUAUUAUCAUCACAUGUAUUGUUAUUGUAUUUUAGCUAGCUUUAUAUUUCAACACCCACAUGGGAUGCUAUGUACGUAGGAUAUUAGUUCUUUAUAAGCAUGUACUCUCCCUCGAGAAAUAGUGAAAAAAAAAAAACAAUUGCAAUAUUUGUUUCCUUGGUAUCAUUAUUUUACUUUAGCAUGGUAUCAGAGCACACCUUCUCCUUUCCAGUUUUUUCUCCACAAUCAUACACGGCCAUCUCUUUGUUUUUCCUAUGACAACUCCUAUUGACGAAGUUUCCUCCAUUACAGCCUCACCAACUAUGGAGUUUCGCCGAAAAAUCAACAAUCCGUCUUCUCCGUAUUAUCUUUCGAACUCCGACAUUCCCGGUAUAAACAUAUGCGGUGUUACUCUUCGUGGAGAGUCCAACUAUCGUGAAUGGGCAACCGCUACGAAAAAUGCAUUUCGAGCAAAACGGAAACUUGUUUUUUUGGAUGGUUCAAUCUCUCGACCGACGACCAACAAUGAUGACCUAGACGAUUGGUAUAGUGUUAAUUCCAUGUUAGUGGGGUGGCUUAUGUCUUCCAUUGACCCGGCGGUACGUUCCAAUGUCGCCUAUAUGGAUAGUGUCCAUGAUCUUUGGGAUGAUUUAAAAGUGCGCUUUGACGUGGCGGAUCCAAUGCGCAUGCAUGAACUCAAGGACGCCAUUCGAUCUUGUAAACAAGCUGGUAAAUCCGUUACGAUCUAUUUUGGCCGUCUCAAAUCCCUUUGGGAUGACUACUCCAACUAUCGACCCUUACCACAAUGCAAGUGUGGUGGGUGCUCUUGUAAACUGGACAAAGAAUUUCUCAAAAGUGUGGAAAUUGAAAAAACACAUGAAUUUCUCAUGGGUCUGGACAACGACGUUUAUGCCACUCUACGCUCAAAUGUUCUUAGCAUGACAUCCCUACCUCCCCUAAAUAAGGUUUAUCAACUGGUGGUUCAAGAAGAGCGUCAUCGUUACGUCACCCGCGCUCAGGAGAAUAGCAACGAUGCGGUGGCUUUCGCCAUCCGACCAAGCCGCUCUUUCACCACCGACAGAGAAAAAUUAUUUUGUACUCAUUGUAAGAAAGAUAACCAUGAUAUCAAACAUUGCUUCAAGCUUUCUGGAAAUUAUCCAGAAUGGUGGUUCACAAAUAAGGGUGGCCGCGGGCGCGGCUAUAGCCUCGGAACCGGUAGGGGCAGGGGAGGUCCUACCUCGGUAACCGCUCAUGCAGUUCAAGUUAACGAAGCUCCCACAUGUUCCUCUGCACCAAUUGAUCGUGCGUCCCUGCCAAUGCUUUAUGAUGCACAAUGGAGUGAUUUUCUAAAAAUGCUCCAAAAUGGUAAAAACUCAUUUUCAACAGAGAAGCUCACAGGUAACAAAAUUUUCAUUGAGUGGAUAUUGGACACUAGGGCAUCUUUUCACAUGACGAGCUCCAGAUCUAUUUUGUCUAAUUUAUCUCCUAUACCGCCCAUUCCGGUUACUUUACCAAAUGGGGAAAUAACUAUGGC